UGAUCCGCUGCGUCGUGAAGAGUUGGAUGUGAGUCGUGACUGAUGUUCAGUACUUAACAGUUCAGGGACUCGAGCUGCUACUUGAUUCUGAAAUGAAGCUGAAGGAACACCACUCGUCUCAUGACUUAUUAUGAGAAACUUUGCGUCGCUUUUACGGAGAGAUCAUCAGAGAUGUCCACUACUGUGUUUCCAACUCUGCCCUCCACGAGCUCACUAGAGGAUCAGAGGACAGUCUACGUGGGCGCAUUCUGUUGUGUGGCGUUUUUUGUCUUGAUUGUGGCGUUGCUGUGUAUCGUGUACCGAAAGAUUCCUGUCUGCUGCAAAAAGAGGGUUUAUCGGGAAUCUCGUACAGACAUGGAAGCUCCUCCUCAGUACUACAACAGCAGACAGACUCUUGUUGCUGAUAUGGAGCAAACACGUGACACGGGUCAUGAUAAUGUCAGCGCACAGGCGGGGUCUUUGUUCCUCAUUGGUGUGCCCAGCAGUUACUAUCUUUCCUCGCUGGAGCCUCCUCUUCCUCGCCUGCCCUCCUACGAGAGCGUGCGCAAGAAAGACAGACAACGGCAGAUCCACAUGAUGAUAGCCGACCGCUUUGGCCUGAGCGGACCUAUCGUGUCUGAGCCACCUCCCACAUACGAAGAGAGCAUUCGUCAGUCCGUCCAGUCCAUCGACGUCCCCUCUGAUAUCCUGACACCUGAAGAGCCUUCCCACGCUCCACCUCCAGCCUCUGAACCCUGUACAGAUUUGCCUGCAUAUGAAGCUCUACCUCACAUCACAGACUCGCAAAACCCCAGCGACACUGUUCAUUAACACGGGACUCGUGGGAAUGUAAAGAGAAAGACUGCAAUCGGCUCUCAGUGUAAAUGAACACAGUCAUCAUCGUCCUGACGUCCGAUCGCUCGACUGAUGGCCAGACCAACACUAGCAAAAACGUGGACGUCAAGUCGCUGUGUUUACAGAAAACUGCACAAGUAGGACGUGACUUGCUUAUGCAGUACCUUGCACUACACUACCAGACGAGACAGACCACUACUUGAAAGAGGGAAGAGAAAAAUGAGAAACAAUAUGAAACCCACAAUGCAAAACAAAAUGAACUCGUACUUUAUGCAUAUUGUUCAUCAAAAUGCAAAAAACUUGAAAGACUGACACCACAAAUCAUGUGGCCUGUGAUGUUAUUGUUCAACACAGAGUUUCCACACUUAAAAAAGAGACAUGCAUGAUAACCGGAUGGGUUUAUUAUAAAAACUGUGCGAGAGAACAUACUGUGCAAACACAUUCACAAAGAGCAAAUUUGAUCUUUAUUUCAGAGCUGAGCAUACAGGAUUUAUAUUUGAUAAUACAUGACGUAGCAUGAUUUUUGUAUCAUGGGACCUAACGUAAUAUUAUUUUCAGUGUAAAAACUCAUUACAUUUCGAUUAUGGACACUUUUUAUGUUUACAAUAAGAUCAGGAACAGAUUAUAAAGUAUUUAAGGUUCAAUUUCAUGUUAUCUUUAACUUUUGCAGGCUGCAUGUUCUUCAAAGUAGCUAUUGAUGUUCUGUUUGCACUAAUAGGGAUAAACAAGCCAUGUUUCGAUAUAACAGGGAAGGUCUUUUCGUUCUCUGAUCUUUAACAUGUUUUCUAAAUUCGUUUCUGUGUAGCUAGAACAAAUUUUAGGCAUGAAUCAUUUUAACCAAACUGUGCUUUGGUUUUUCUGUGAAUGUAUGUGUGUGUGUGUGUGUGUUGUUUUCUACACAACAUGAAUCAUAAAUUAUGUUUGUCAAAUCUUUCUUUUUCUAAUGAUCCUUUAUGCAUGUGCUCAAUGUUUCCUUGUAAAUAACUAUGUCAAACACUGAGACUGUUGAAAUGCGUUGUUUUAAAGUGUUUUAAACCCGUGCCUGUGGGGUUGAGUCACACCAAAGUUUGUUUCCCAUUAGUUCUGGAUUUUUUUCAUUAUUUUAAAUACAGUACUCAUAGCCAGAGAACUCAAACGUUUGCAUACACAAACUAAAUUCAAAAGACUUUCAUGUGUAUGGAGUUUGACUUCACAUGUGUUCUCAAUGUCCUCUGCGGACAGUUUUGCAUCUUUCAAAAGCAGUUGUGAAAAAUGUCCUUUGACAACCAGGCUCUGUUGAUACAAACCUUAGUUGUAAAUGUAAGGGAAUUGUCAGUAAGGGUUUUCUUAACCUAAAGGGAUAAUGUGUUGUAUUAAAGUUAUUUAUCGCAGUAAUAAGUAUAUAAUGAUAUGGGCAUGAUGGAAUUCAUUAAAAACAAAAUAAUGUUUUUUGCCUGACCACAGGGAACGUUAUAGUGAAAUUGUGCCCACUAGUGGUCAUUUUAUGAACUGACACCUCUAACCAUUCUAACAGCUAAUCACUAAUUCUAGCUAAUGGAAACACAAAGACUGAAAGUAGUUUGAAGUGUAGGUCUUCGGCUCUUAUAGUGUGUUCUUCAUUGUGCUGACAGAUGUCUUAAAGACAACAGAGACGUGUCUUCUGUUCAUUAAGCAGCACAGCUGGGGUCUGAAUCUCAGCAGACAUACAAUGCAGACUGAGUGACAUGUGUCAAUCAGAUGAGUACACGCUCAAUGUGUCUUCCCUUCCUCUUUCCAAUAGACAUCAGGUCAUUGGUCCUGUAAAUGAGUGCUUAUAAGGAGGAUUUGAACAGGAAAUGCUUGCUUUGUUUUUUGGCAAGUGUUUGGUUUUCUGUAAUGUUUUUUAUUCAUUUUGACAGGCAACAGCAAAUGUAUCCUUGAUUUCUGUAAUCCUAAAGUUAACACAGUUUUUCAUUUUUGUAGAUACCGUUCAUUAUUUCAACAUUAAUAAGACGAAUCUGAUCCUAUCAGAUUAUUUGCAUGUUAGUUGUACUAAAUUAUCUGACAAAAUUGUUUUAAUGAACUUUAAUUCUUUUUUAAAAGUGCUC